AUGCAAGAUGAAGAAAGAUAUAUGACACUGAACAUAGAGUUGAGGAAAAGGAUUUCCAUCCAAACAUCCCAACUUAAUCUCUCAGACUGUUCUGUGAUGUUGCACUGGUAUAAAAUCUUGCUGGGAAUAUCUGGAACAGUAAGUGCUAUUCUGGUUCUGACUUUGAUCUCUCUGACUUUGUUAGUUUCUCAGGAAGUGUUGCUGAAAUAUCAAAAAGGAAAUGAUUUAAAUAUCACCCAGCAUGAUGAUAUUGGAAAUCUGAAAAUGAACAGUGACACAAGAAGAAAUAUAAGUAAUAAGGAUGCAGGUCACUGUGUUUCAAGAGCUACAAAUCAUGCAGGAUUCUGCCCAUUAGACUGGAUCAAACAUAAAGGAAAGUGUUAUUGGUUCUCUAAGGAGAUGAAAAGUUGGAGUGACAGUUAUGGAUAUUGUUUGGGAAGAAACUCUCAUCUACUAAUCCUUCAGGACCAAUUUGAAAUGGCUUUUAUACAGAGAAACCUAAAACAAUGAAACUAUGUGUGGAUUGGAUUUAACUUUACUUCCCUGAGGAAGACAUGGACUUGGGUGGAUGGUUCUCCAUUAAAUUCCAAGAUAUUCUUCAUAAAAGGACCAGCUAAAGAAAAUAGCUGUGCUUCCACCAAGGAAAACAAAAUUUACUCCGAAGCCUGCAGCAGCGUUUUCAGAUGGAUUUGCCAAUAUUAG